AUAUUGUCUUGCGUUUUAAUCGGCCCUACUCGAUAAUAACAACGUACUUCUCGGAAAAUUGUACGCACAUAUAUACGUUGGAUAUUUUCGAUUGAAAACACUUGGCGCAGUGCGACCACUACAAGACGUUGGUAAACACUGUCAAACAGUCCGCCGGUGUGUCAACAGUCAAGUUCGCAUGUAAACCGCACGUUUAUAAUUUAUACCCGUGUAUGUACAUACAUACUCGCGGUCACAGUCACAGUGCUCCGAAGUGUCAUCGAAGUCUCGUCGGCGUAGAAAUCGCAUUUUAUUCCGAUCUUGAAGUGGCACAGGGACAUGUCUGAAACACGAAUCGCGUCCGUUACUCGCCGCUGUCGCAGCCGCAUCGCUCCAAAUAACGAUAAAAUUUCCUCGAUUAUUCGCUACCCCUAAAUUCACGUUGAACACAUCAUGUUGAGCGACGAGGAGGAUCAGCAGCAGCAGCAGGAGGAGGAGGAGAAACCGUUCGCCGUGGAGCGCGCGAAGACCGGGCGCGCGAAAUGCAAGAGGUGCAAAUGCCCGAUCGAAAAGGGCGAGAUACGGAUCGGCAAGUACGUGUCGAGCUUCUUCGCAGACGGCAAAAUGAUGCCGGCCUGGCACCACGUCACCUGCAUGUUCGACACGUUCGCGAAACAGCGCGCCAGCACCAAGAGGAUCGACGACCCCGCGGAGGACGUGAAGGGCUGGGAGCGGUUGUCCGACGACGACAGAAAGGUCAUCCUGGAGAAGCUGGAGGCGUUCGAGAAAUCCUUGCCGGACUCGAAGAAGGCCGCAACGCCACGUAAAGCGGCUUCCUCCUCCGGUAGUUCUCCGGGAAAAACGGCGAAGAAGACUUCGGACCAGAAGAGGGUCGCGGCGGACGAUAAGAAAAAAGGUAAAGAGAGGGGUAAGGAGGAAAGGAGCAAAGUGCCGUCGAAGGAUGACUCCUUUCGCGAAUUUCGACGGGUAUGCAGCAACGUCGCCGACGUCGACGCUUACACCGACAAGACUGCGAUUGUCAAGAGGAUGUUCACGGGAGGAUCGCUCGGCGACGGUUUUAAGAGCGACAUCGUGCUCUGGUGCAAGCUGCUGCUGCCCGGCGCCGUGAAGAGAAUUUACAAUCUGCAGAGCAAGCAGCUGAUAAAGUUGUUCGCACGGCUGCUGCUCCAGGACGAGGACGCGAUGCUGGAACAUCUGGAGCAAGGCGACGUGGCCGAGACGAUCAGCGUGUUCUUUGAAAAUAGCGCCGCCGCGUCGCCUUGCGCCGCGAGCGUAUUGACGAUCCAAGACGUUGAUCUCUUUUUGGAAAACCUGUCGCGUUUGACCAAGGAGGAGGAGCAGAUCCAGCAUUUUCGAUCUAUCCUUAAUAAAUGUACCGCCAACGAUCUGAAGAUGAUUGUGCGUCUGAUCAAGCACGAUCUGAGGAUCAACGCCGGACCGAAACACAUCCUCGAGGGAGUCCACCCGGACGCGUACAAGGCCUUCCAGAUGUCCCGAGAUCUGGAUGCGGUCGUGCGACGCUUCCUGCCGAACCAGGAGGAAAAACCGUGCACCUCAGGCUCGCCUUCGAGUCGAAAUAAAGUGGCCAUCUCGCUGAUGACGCCGGUUUUACCGAUGCUGGCAGAGGCGUGCACGUCCGUGGAAAUGGCGAUGCGAAAGUGCCCGAAUGGGAUGUUGUCGGAGGUCAAGUACGACGGCGAGCGCGUGCAGGUGCACAAAAGCGGAAACGACUUUCGUUACUUCAGCAGAUCACUCAAACCAGUCCUGCCACACAAGGUGAAUCUCUUCAAGGAUUACAUAGCGCAGGCGUUUCCCGACGGUGACGAUCUAAUCCUCGACUCCGAGGUACUCAUGGUCGAUAACGAGACCGGGCAACCUUUGCCUUUCGGCACCUUAGGCAUUCACAAAAAAGCCGAAUUCAAAAACGCCAAUGUGUGCCUUUUUGUCUUCGACUGCUUGUACUACAACGGCGAGAUACUUAUUAACAAAUCUAUGCUGGAGCGCAGGAACAUCUUGAAGGACAGAAUGACCGAGAUACCGAAUAGAAUUAUGCUGUCGGAGGUUCACGAAGUGCAUGAUCCGCGGGAUUUAGCGGGAAGGAUUGUUCACGUAUUGAAACUGGGUCUCGAGGGUUUGGUUUUGAAGGACAUCGACAGCAAGUACGAGCCGGGCAAGCGGCACUGGUUGAAGGUAAAAAAGGACUAUCUGUGCGGCGGUGCGAUGGCUGAUAGCGCAGAUCUCGUCGUGCUUGGUGCAUGGUACGGCACGGGCAACAAAGGCGGUAUCAUGUCGGUCUUCUUAAUGGGCUGCUACGACGAGAGGCGCGACAAGUGGUUAACUGUCACCAAAGUACACACGGGACACGACGACGCCACCCUGGCGGAGCUGCAGGAUCAGCUCGACAUGGUGAAGAUCGGCAAGGACGCGGGGAAGCUGCCGGGCUGGUUGGACGCUAAGAAGCCUAUGGUGCCGGAUUUCGUGGCGAGGGAUCCCAAGAAGCAGCCGGUGUGGGAGAUAACGGGCGCCGAGUUCACGAACCAGGGGGUGCACACCGCGGACGGCAUCAGCAUCCGGUUCCCGCGCGUCACGCGGAUCCGCGACGACAAGGACUGGUCGACGGCCACCAGCCUGGACGAGCUGCGCGGUCUCUUCCAGAAGAAGCCCGAGUCCGUCGAUUUCGACCGCCUGCUCGGCACGGUGGCGGACGCCGGCACGUCGCCGAGGAAGAAAUCGCCCGCGUCCCCGAGGAAGAUAGCGAGCGCGAGAACGAGCGCGCGGGACGAGCCGUCGACGAGUUCCAAGGUCAAGGAAGAACCGUCAGACGUCAAGGAGGAAGGCAAGGAGGCACCGGGAGGAGUCCUCAAAAGGCGAAAAGGGGAUGAGCGCGACGGAGGAUCGUCCGGCAAGGAGGUGAAGAGGUCGAAAGUGAAACGCGAGAUUAAGGAGGAAACGAAAGAAGAGCCCUCGUCGGGAGCAAGAGUCAAGACGGAGGGGGGAUCGGACUCGGGGACGAAUGGGAAGGAUCGUCUCGCUGGCGGGACGGAAGGAUUCGAGGCCUUCGAUUCGGACGCCGAGGAUGACGCCAAAUUCAAUAAUGUGCUGCAAAACGUGCGGGCGAGCCUCGCGCCUGGUUUCGACGCGGACAGAAAGAGGAACGCGCGAAGGAUGCUUAAAACACUCGGCGCCACGAUAGUCACGCCGGCGAGCGGACACGACAUCACGGCGGCGGCGACCCACGUCAUCCACACCCGCGCGGAAAUUCCGUCCACGGCCGUCCUCGGGGACUAUGCGGUCUUCCCGCGCACCGUCAGGCACGUGAACGUGUCCUGGCUGGAGGAGACCGCGGCGCGGUCGAGGAGGCAGGACGAGAUCCAACAUGCGGUCCAGCUGGCUGGCGAUUACUGCGAGUGUCCGUGCACGCAUCGAUAACGCAGCGAGUGUAUUAUACUUACAGGUACACGUACGGUUUGUAAUUUAUAUAUACAAUUCGAUGCUUGCUUUGCGAAUAUUUUGAAGAGAAUUUGUGCAAAUCUGUAAAAUAAAACAAAGUAAAAAUGCCUUCUUUGAAAGCAAACGAAGACAAAAAUAAAAGUAAAAGCUUAAGGAUAAGAGUAAAAGAAAAGUUAAGGCUCCCGGUCGACAAAAUUAUCCUCUUGGUUUAUCUCUCUUUAAUUCUCUUCACCCUAUUUCAAGUAAAUUUCUACAUGCAUUUAAGAAGAUUUAAGAGGCUUAUGUAAAAUACACACAGGCAAUUUGUACAACACAAUGUAUACUUCGAAAAUGUCUAUAAUAAAAUGAAAGAUACAGAUUUGUGACAAAGCAAAA